AUGUCCGCGGGGAAGCCAACGACGUGCAAGGACGCGGUCCGCCGGUGGGAGGAGGAGAACAGCCAGGAGGCGAGCUCGGCCCUCGAGGUCAGUCUCAUCUUCCAGUCGCCGCCCAUCGAGCGCAUGGACAACUCCCUGGCCGUCCUCUCGUCCUGCGAGCGGCUCUCCCUGUCCACCAACAUGAUCGAGAAGAUAGCAGGUGUGAGCAGCCUGAAGAAGCUGAGGGUCCUGUCGGUGAGCAGGAACCAGAUAAAGGGCUUCUCGGGGCUGGAAACACUGGGCGACAGCCUGGAAGAGCUGUGGAUCUCGUACAACGCGAUCGAGAAGCUGAAGGGAGUGACCGCGCUCCGGAGCCUCAAGGUGCUGUACAUGUCCAACAACCUCGUGAGGGAGUGGAACGAGUUUGCCCGGCUUCAAGAAAUGCCGAGCCUGCAGGAUCUCGGCUUCACCGGCAAUCCCAUCACCGACGGCUUGGAGACCGAGCAGUGGAGGACGGAGGUGGCGAGGCGUCUGCCGAACUUGGUCAAGCUCGACGGGGAGCCGCUCAUCCACGCCGGCGACGAGGAGGAGGACGAAGGUUGCCAAGACUCUAAUUACCAUCCCCGAUGA